GAUUACUUAUGGCCAGUGCUGAUUUACAAGCAAGAGUCUCUUGACAAUGAAGCCCUGCUCGCUCUACGUGCCAACAGGGACACAGUGUCAAAAACAGAUAGUACUGGAGAUCUACUUGUCCGGGUCAAAUAUGUUUAUGACAAGAAACCUUUGGUGGAGCAAAAACGCCUGGAGAAACCGCGUUUUCUUGUACCAUGGGUCCUGCAAGCAUUUGGUCAUUAUCUCCAGCAUCCAGCACGGUUUCUCAAUAUCCUUCGAAGCCCUCUGUGCGAUACAAUGGUUUCCUACGCGCGGACCCGGUAUGGCGCUAAACAUUUUACAAUCACUUGGGGUGCAACUGUUGUUCUGGGCGGGUUUGGGUUUAUUUGGCAUGAGCUCCUCACCGAUUUCGGUAACCAGAUCACGUCAACUUUUGGAAACUUUGCUCACAACAUACCUUGCUAUGAUUUAAGUCUUAUCAUGGAUAUUAAAGACCGUUCCUCGGAUACUCUGGCACGUCUUUUUUUCCCAACCUCCGAUGACUACAAGUCAGGUCGUCUUAAAUCGAAACCAUACACUCUUCCAUAUUCAUUUGUAACUGGAGAUCCCGAGUUUCCAGCUCUUGACCCCCCUUAUGGCAAAUUUUCAACACGCCGCCCUGAGUUCUUGACCUGUCUUGAUCGUGACUCUUAUGUUGAGGCUUACAAAAUCCUUCUUUCUAGUAAAAGUACACAAUUUGAUUCUUGGAAGUAUUGGGGAUUCCUUGCCAGCACUGUUAUGCCUGUUACUGCUGCAAUUUUGAAGCAUAUUUUGGUAUGGUAUGACCAGACAUGGGUGUUUCCUGAAAAAGCUCAAGAUAUUCGCAAGGGUUUCCGCUGGGAUAAGGAAUUUGAAAGGACAGUGCUCCGCGGUAAUCAUCUGAUUGAAGGCGGCAAACGUGGUUAUAAGGAUGAUACCAAUCUCCUUCAGCUUGCUCAGGAAAUGAUUCGCAAGAUCUGGGACCGUGUUGAUUCUGACCCUAUUUGGAAAGACAACUUGGUCAGAAAAGAGGUCAUGGAAAACCCUAUCCUUGCUAUAGGUUCUAAUGGUGCCAACUUUGAAGCCUAUGCAGAACGCUUUCUCUAUACCCAUUGGGCAGAUCUAUUAAGGGAAUGCUUGAAGGUCUCCGGACCUGCGCUCUCUGGGCAGAUGGCAAAAUACAAUAACCCUGAUAUCCUAAGCGACUCAUUCCAAUCUCCAAAUACCUUUGGCUAUCUGGCCGCUCGAAUCAACUGGAAAGACAACCUCGAUGUUCGACAGUUCCCUGUCCUAAAGGAAUCACGGACCCGCGAAAUUUUUACAAAUGAGGUCAGUGUUCUCGCAGCAAUGGUUUGUUACCGGCAGAUCAAAUCCGCUAUGGUUCGAACUUUGGUGGCUGGUUUUCCAAACCUGAAAACCCGGAGAGGGCGGAAAGCAGCCAAAGACCAGGGCCUGGUUGAAAACUAUGUGAGUAAGAAAUCUAACUAAGUUGGAUUCUUUGCUAAUCUAUCAGGAUGAAUACAUUCGCUACAAGGACAAGCUUACUGAGUACGCCGACUACUUGAUAAAGAACGGCUGGGAGCCUGAGCUCAAUAAUGCUAAUGAACCGCCUGGCGCACAUUCCGUGCUACUUAAAGAGGUACACGACCCUCUUAGUGCUCCUCCCAAUCAACCAGGUUUUAUGGAGUAUGUACCUUGCCAACCUGGACAGAAACCCUCUGCUAAGAUGAGCACCUUUCUUUCUGGCAUUGUGUUGGAUGUUCCCAAAGGAUCUGAACCCGAGGUAGACGGGGAAAAGGAAGAGGAAGAUAAUGAGGAUACAGAGGCCACAUCCAGUGACUUGGCCAGCAUUUCGGACAAUGAUAGUAGUAGCCAAUUUGAAUCUCCGCCCGCUGAAACGCCAGUGGCAGGCCGUGGCCGUGGACGUGGAGGACGUGGUAAUGCUCGAGGUGGUACAAAUGGUAAGGGAGUUCAGCAAGGUCAAAGUGAAUGUCGUAGGGGGGGUCGAAAUGGAAACAUUAACAAUGUAACUGCAUCUGUGCGCCCCUUUAGUUAGAUUUAAUUUACAAGAUAGCUGAUGCAGGA